AAGUAGAAAUAGUCAACUCAACCGAAGAAAAAACUUGCAUACCAAAUUUAGAUACGACAUUUGCCAGAUAUGGAAUACCAUCAAAAAUAAAAACUGACAAUGGACCCCCAUUUAAUGGGAAAGAAUUUGAAACAUACGCCAAAACCCUUGGCAUUGAAUGGAAAACAAUUACACCACUAUGGCCCCAGGGUAAUGCUGUCGUAGAAAGAUUUAUGAAACCAAUGGGAAAACUCUUGAAAACAGCAGAAAUUGAAGGAAUGAAUAGGAAGCAAGAACUGCAAAGGUUUCUACUUCAAUACCGUUCAACUCGUCAUCAAACUACUAAGGGCGCUCCGUGUGAACUACUUUUUAACAGACAAAUUUGGGAUAUUUACCAGAACUCACAAGGAAAAAAGUAG